ACAUUCAGUCACAGACUGUUUACCACAGGACUCUUCCCUGCUGGUUAGCAAUGUAUCGGCCACCUGUGGUGAGGGCCAGGAAGAGAACCUGUGUGGAGCCCUGGGUUAUUGGCCUCAUCUCCUUUUUAUCCCUGAUUGCCCUGGCAGUGUGCAUUGGACUGACUGUUCACUAUGUGAGAUACAAUCAAAGGAGAACUUACAAUUACUACACCACAUUGCCAUUCACAAGUGACAAGCUAUAUUCUGAGUUUGGAAAAGAAGCUUCUAAAAAUUUCACAGAAAUGAGUCAGAGAAUUGAAUCAAUGGUGAAAAAUGCAUUUUAUAAAUCUCCUUUAAGGGGACAACUUGUCAAGUCUCACAUUAUCAAGUUCAGUAAAGAGGAUGAUGGAGUGUUGGCUCACAUGCUGCUGAUUUUUCGAAUUCCCUCUACUGAGGAUCCUGAAACUGUACAUAAAAUAAUUGAACAUGUUCUACGUGAAAAGCUGAAAAGUAUUGCAGGACCUCCUGAAAUGGAUCCAGAAUCAGUUGAAAUUAAAAAAAUCAACAAGACAGAAACAGACAACUACCUCAACAACUGCUGUGGGACACGAAGGAAUAAAUCUACAGUACAGACAAGUCUCAGAAUUGUUGGUGGGACACAGGUAGAAGAGGGAGAAUGGCCCUGGCAAAGCAGCCUACAGUGGGACGGGGCCCAUCGCUGUGGAGCAACUUUGAUCAACAGCACAUGGCUUGUGAGCGCUGCUCACUGCUUUCGAACGUAUAACGACCCAUCCAGAUGGACUGCUUCUUUUGGAGCAACAAUAAAUCCUCCGAAAAUGACAACAGGCUUCCGGAGAAUAAUUGUUCAUGAAAAAUAUAAAUACCCGUCACAUGACUAUGACAUUUCACUGGUGGAACUUUCUAGCCCUGUCCCCUGCACAAAUGCAGUACAUAGGGUUUGUCUCCCUGAUGCAAACCAUGAAUUUCAGCCGGGGCAGCGGAUGUUUGUGACAGGAUUUGGAGCACUACAAAAUGAUGGUUUCACUCAGAAUCACCUUCGGCAAGUACAGUUGGACUACAUAGACACCCAAACCUGCAAUAGACCUCAAGUUUACAACGGUGCCAUCACUACUAGGAUGUUGUGUGCUGGCUUCUUAGAAGGAGAAAGAGAUGCAUGCCAGGGUGACUCUGGAGGACCACUGGUUGCUUCAGAUGCUAGAGAUAUCUGGUACCUUGUUGGAGUAGUGAGCUGGGGAGAUGAAUGUGGUAAACCCAAUAAGCCUGGUGUUUAUACUAGAGUGACUGCCUUCCGGGACUGGAUUACUUCUAACACUGGUAUCUAA